AUGAACACAUAUUUGCCGGUUAGGAAGAUCAUAAAAGUAGUGACCACGCAUAGAACUCCCAAAAGAGAGCGUCUGUCUUCGCUCCAUGAGUGCUUAGAAGCCAACGAGAAUCGCAGAAGGCGCGGCAGAUGGCGCUGGGCUCUCAUACUCUUCGUCUGCUUAACCCUGGUCUGCCUGCUCUCCCACAGGAGCCAGUUACCCUCUAUGAACGGACAAAUUGUCGUCAACAAGAUAUACUACGAUGUUCCCGUUACUUUCACCAAGAAAUACGAGACUGCGGUGUCACACAAUACUAAAAAGCCUGAAAAAACUGAAACAGUUGAAGAUGACGACUUUGUCGAUACAGAAAUGGACAUUCGUACGAAGGGUCCCGGUUUACCGUACUGUGUCCGGAAGAAACCUUAUCAGGAUAUUUACCCAAAGUUGAAGAAAGGAGGCGUGUACAAGCCUUUAGAUUGUCAACCAAGGAUGAAGAUUGGCAUCAUCGUACCAUACAGUAAUUCUUUGUUAAUCCGUGUUUUCAGGAAUCGUCUACAUAACCUUGGUAUAUUUUUGAACAACAUACAUCCAUUUCUGAUGGCGCAGAAACUUGAAUACCAAAUAUUUGUCAUUGAACAAUAUGGUAUAUAUUGCGUUAAAUCAACACCAAAUAAAUGUUAUAAAAUCCUCAUCGUUUUAGGCACCGAACUAUUUAACAAGGGCCGAGUGUACAACGCCGGCUUUCAGGAGAUGAUGAAGUUCAACACUUUCAACUGCGUUAUAUUCCACGAUUUGGAUCUGUUGCCAAUGGAUGAGAACAUUUUGUACAACUGUCCUACGUUGCCUCGACAUAUGUGCGCUGUGGUUAACGAUACGAACAUGGAAAAGAAUUAUAAUAUAUCGUACAAGCAUAAAUCAUUGUUUGGCGGCGUUGUUGCGAUGACCAUAGAGCAGUUUCAGAGAGCCAAUGGUUUCUCCAACCUGUACUUCGGCUGGGGAGGUGAAGACAACGAUAUGUAUUGGAGACUCCGUGCUUCGGGAUACCCGGUUGUGAGAUACCAAGCGCAUGUUGGCAUUUACCACAUUUUGCCACAUCUUCGUGAACCGGCUAAUCCUUUCAGACACCAUCUUUUAAGCAGAGCUGUAGAAAGGUACAAAGUCGACGGACUGUCAAAUUCUGAAUACUAUGUCGUGAAUACUAACUUUUAUCAUCUGUGUACACAUAUCGUGGUGCAAAUCAACCCUCGCGAUGACAACAUAACGGAACUUAACCUUAAAUGGGGCAAAACAUUUUAUAAAUUCUAA